AAUUCACGUCUGGAGUAUAAGGUCCUGAAAGGGUGGAGCAUCAAUAGACUCUUAAAUGUUCAUUCCACCUGGAAGCUUGUGACUUUUUCUUUCUUCUUCUCUGCUUCAGUCUCUUUGGCUCCAUGGAUGUAAGUGAGCUAAAAAUGUUGCCUACCGGGGAAAGCGAUGGCACAAAGGUGUGUGUAAAGGUGCCGGGCCCAACUCUGACAUACCAGAAUAUUCAAUACUGCAUUAGAGAAAGCCGUGGACCGUGCCGCAAGAGAGGUCCUGAGCGAGAAAUCCUGAAAAACGUCAGUGGAAUCAUGAAAACCGGCCUGAAUGCAAUCAUGGGAGCAACAGGAAGCGGCAAAACAUCGCUGUUAGAUGUGAUCGCUGGAAGGAAGGAUCCUCGAGGUUUGCGUUCAGGUCAAGUUCUGGUUGACAACAAGGUCGUGACCUCUGACCUCCGUCUCAUGUCUGCCUAUGUCGUACAGGAUGAUAUCCUGAUGGGAACUCUGACUGUGCGGGAGAAUCUUUUAUUCUCUGGAAAUCUGCGGUUGCCAAGGAAACAGUGUUCCACUGCUGAUAAGGAAAAAAAAGUGGAGAGCAUCAUUCAGGAGCUGGGUUUAGAGGACUGCGCAGACUCCAAGAUUGGUACAGAGUUCAUAAGAGGUGUAUCAGGAGGAGAAAGAAAGCGCUGUAGCAUUGGUAUGGAGCUCAUUACAUCUCCUACUCUUCUGUUCCUGGAUGAACCGACCACAGGCCUCGACUCCAAUACUGCUAACAGCAUCAUUGCUCUCUUACACAGGUUGUCACGGGGUGGUAGAACUAUCAUUUUCUCUAUCCACCAGCCACGUUACUCAAUCUUCAGGCUUUUUGAUCACCUGACGCUGCUCCAUAAGGGAGAAACCGUUUAUGCUGGCCCUGCCGGCAAAGCCAUGGACUACUUCCAGAGUCUGGGUUACACAUGUGAGGCUUUCAACAACCCUGCAGAUUUCUUUCUGGACAUAACAAAUGGGGAGGCCCUUUCUUCAAUGCCAACAGAGGAGUCAUUGGCUGAGCUUUACAGGGAGUCUCACUACUGUGCUGCUGUCAAAGAGGAGCUGAAAUGUAUCACUGGACCAUCAGAUCUCUCAUCUGAAGCCAAGAGCAAGCCAGUGUCCUAUGCCACGUCAUUUUUUUACCAGUUAAAGGUGGUAUGCUGGAGAACGAUGCUGAACGUUGUCAGGAAUCCUCAGACCUCAUAUGCUCAGAUGGCAAUGAACAUUCUCUGUGCUCUGCUGAUUGGACUCAUCUACUUCCAGAUGCCUUUAACUCUUCCUGAAGCCUUGCAGAACAGGAUUGGAGCGUUCUUCUUUCUCAUCAUCAACAUGGUGUUUGGCAACCUAUCAGCAGUUGAACUCUUCAUUAAUGAAAGAGCAAUCUUUGUGCAUGAGAAUGCUGGGGGAUAUUACCGUACAUCUGUGUAUUUCCUGUCCAAGGUGUUUGUGGAUCUGUUACCUAAUCGCAUUGUGCCGAUUUUCAUUUUCUCCAGCGUUUCUUACUAUAUGAUGGGGUUGAAUCCAUCAUUCACGACCUUCCUGUGCUUUGCAUUGACCAUGUCCAUGGUCAGUCUGGCAGGAGUCAGCUUGGCUUUUCUUGUCAGCGCCAGCGUGAGCACUUUCGCCAUGGCCAACGUCCUCAUUGCCUUGCCUUUUGUCUUCAUGAUGGUGUUUGGAGGGUUCCUGGUGAAUCUCAACUCUAUGCUCAACUGGCUGUCCUGGCUCAAGUGGGCCAGUAUCUUCAAAUAUGGACUAGAUGCUGUGACUAUAAAUGAAAUGAAAGGGCAGGUCUUCUACAGUGGCAAUACGACACUAACAGGAGAGAUGUAUCUGCAGUCUCAGGGGAUCGACUACAGUGUGUGGGGCUUCUGGCAGAACCAGGUGGCUCUUCUGGGCAUUGUACUGGUGUGCAUGACGUUUGCAUACAUACAGCUGCGCAGGAUCAACCGCUGGAAAUAAUGUGCAUUUUCUUCAUUACAGAUUCACUCGUACACAAAUUAUGUAAUUUCAUAAAAUUCUUAUUUUGUUACACCAUGUCCAUUUCUGUAUAUUUAAUUCACAUUUGUCUAUGUAAAUUAUUAUAUUUCAAUGUAAUUAUUAAUCUAGGCUUUCUGCGUUUGACAAUGAAGCAUUUUUGGAAAUAUGAAAUGCGCUGUAAAGUUUAAAAAAAGCCAUGCUGAGCGCAACAUAACUGCAUUUAAAAUUUAUUAUCAGCUCUUUAAAUGCUUUUCUGCUAAAUUUAGUAAAAUUAUUCGAUAAAAUGUUUCAGGAAAGGUAAAGUGACUAAAUGUUUCUCUUGCAAAAUAACUGUUUGUGCAAUUGGAAAAUUAACCUUAACUUUAUAGUUACUGACAUUUAACCUUUGUGUCAUGUAUAUAUAAAUAUAUGAGAUGAAAUUUAAGUUCUCAGCUCUGUGCCCAUGGAAGGCACUUACUUCAAAAAUACAAGGUCAUUGAUUUUUGCUCUAUUAAAUAAAAAAAGUUCAUUAUACUUUAAAAUUCCUUUUUCAUAUAUUUUGAUCUAUGUUUGUUUAUCACUUGACUAAAAAUGCAAAUGUGUAGCCUAGUAGAGUGCAUGUUAAGAUGUUUUCCUUACAUGAAACGGAAG